AUGGCCGCUCCUCCAGUCGCCCCAGCGACCCCUACGCGCGACCACGACCCUGCGUCACUGCGCUCCCCCAUCGUCCUCUCGACUCGGUCCCCCGCCGCUCCUCGCCCGGCCUCGGUCCUCAUCCAAAACGUCCGCGGCGCAGAAGGCGGCGUCGAGGCCAUCACGGCCCGUCGACGCAACAGCGGCUCGUUCAAGACCAUGUCGACCGGCGGCCUCGUGUCCAACUCGCCGUUCGCCAAGCGCCUCGGCCAGACGAGCCCGACAAAGUCGGCCGCCUCGUCCCCUACCAGCACCCUGUACACCUCGAGCCGCAUCCCGGCGCCUUCGUCGUCGUCGACGUCCGGCGGCGCGAGUAGCGCGCGGCGCACGAGCGGCUCGCGGCAGUCGAGCGGCGAGCAGGAGCAGGGCCCGGUCAAGGAGAACUCGAUCCCGUCCGACCUCAACGAGCUCGCCACCGCCAAGGACGACGACAGCAAGAGCCGCUCGUCGUCGCCCGCGGUCCCGUUCCGUCCGACCCGCCAGCAGGCGCCCGCCUCGUCCCCGUUCAAGCCCUCGCGCUCGCCAAUCGACGAGCCGGCGCAGCCUCGCCGCCAGACGUCGUCGUACGCGCACCUGCGCAGCAACAACCUCGUCUCGUCGUCUCCGUUCACGGCCCAGCAGGCGGCGCCGUCGCCCGAGCUCCAGCAGGUCCCGUACGAGAUCGGCGCCCUCACGCUCGAGUCGGCCCCGAUGGAGCUCUUCUACGACGACAGCUCGAGCGCAGGCGACCGCUCGCCGCACCUCGACGUCGGGCUCGGCGCGAGGCCCGGCCAGGGCGUCCUCGGCCCCGUGUCGCGGCACGCCGCCGGUGCGAGCGCGCCGCCGCCCGUCUCGCCGCCGCCGCCGUCAUCGACGAGCACGAGCUCGGCCAUGGCGCCCGUUCGGCGGGGCAUGCGCGGCCCACGUCCGCUCUCGGGCGACGCCGCCGACGACCUCGCCGAGGAGCAGGGCCGGGUCGUGCGCCGCCAGCCGAGCAGCAAGAGCGUCGCGUGGGCCGAGACCGAGGAGGUGUUCGAGUUCGAGGUCGAGGAGGAGCGCCGUCGCAGCAUGAUGAGCGACGCGAGCGGCCUGAGCGACGAGGGCUACUACGGUCGGCGCGGUGCCGGCGAGGAGGACGACGAGGACAGCUCGUUCGAGGACGACGGCUACGGCGCGCAGCACGCGUCGUACUCGUUCGAGGAGGGCGGCAGCGUCGAGGUGCACGACGUCGACGACGGCGCGUCCGACGCCGAGGAGUCUGUCGUCAGCAACACGAGCUCGGCCAUGGACGAGGUCAUCGGCCAAAUCGACUCGUACCUUCACGAGGAGUCGUACGACGCGGCCGACGUCUUCUCGCCGAGCCAGAUCCUCGACGGCGACCACGACCACGGCGAGUUUGCCGACCAGCCCGACCUCCCGACCCACCACGACACGUCGGGCUACUCGUCGCCGGCCGUCCCUCAGCAGCGCGGCCCCGUGUCGGCGUUCAGCGUCUCGACCGCCGACGACGGCGCGAGCGACGUCAUGUCGACGUCGGCGUACGGCGACGAUGACGACCAGGACGAGCGCGACGCCCACUUUGACGCGACCCGCCAGGCCAUCAUGGGGCGCGCGCUCGGCGCUCCCGUCCCGCCGGUGCCCAUGUCGCCGGGCCGCCCUCCGCUCCCUCCUCGUCCCGCAUCCGCCACCUCGCCCGCCACUCGCGCCGACCCGAUCCCGGGGUCGCUCCUCGCGCACUCGGACUCGCAGUUCUCGCUCCCCGACAUCCCGGGCACGUCGCCGUUCAUGGGCUUCGAGGACGACGGCACGGCCGGCUCGGUCGUCUCGCUCGCCAACAACGCCAAGCCGCACGCCGCCGCGACGGUCCCGACGACGCGCCCGCUGUCGCUGCACUCGCACAUGGCCGUGGCGACGAGCACGCCCGUCAAGGCCGCUCGCGCCGAGCCGGCCGAGGAGACGACGCCGACCAAGUCGACGCCGUCGAGCACGGCCACUCGCGGCCUCGGCCUCGCGCCCUCGUCGUCGGCCGGGUCGCCCAUCCUCGCCGCCCUGCACCGCUCGCCCGACGCCGCGACGGCGACGCUCGUCCCGCCGGGCAGCGCCUCGCCCGCCCUGUCGCGCAAGGCGUCGCUCGUCGGCAGCGACGUGACGACGUCGAGCACGUCGUGGUACGUCUCGAGCGUGACGGGCUCGCUGCGCGGCGGGCGCAUCGGCAGCGGGCUCGAGAGCACGAUGAAGCGCCACGAGGCCAUCCUCGGCUCGCCGUUCAUGCCCUCGUCGUCGGGCGCGUUCGGCGCGUUCCCCAAGCCGUCAACGCCCGCACCGGCGCUGUCGGUCGAGACGGCGAGCCCGGCCCGCUCGGCGUCGACGAUGGGCAGCACGGGCAAGUCGACGCCGCCAACGUCGCACGCCUCGACGGCGGGCUCGAGUGACGCUGCAGGCGGCGGCGUCGCGCCCCGGUCGCUCAAGAGCGCGCGCGCGAUCGAGGCGCGCCCGGCGCUCAAGGCGCACGGCGCGACCCUCUCGUCGGGUAUGAUGCCGACCAUCGCCGCCUCGUCGCAGCGCGCCCAGCUCGGGCUCAGCGUCGGCUCGCCGCUGACGGCGCGCGUCGCCGAGGAGAUGCAGAGCCCGCUCGAGCGCCUGCAGAUGGGCGUCCAGGGUCGAGGCGAGGGCGCCGAGUGGAGGGACGGCGACAGCCUGCUCGGCGGCGCAGAGGGCGACGAGGCAGGGGACGAGGUCAGCAGCUUGAGGCCGGGAGCAGGAGCGGGAGCGGGCGGUGCGGUCAAGCGGCUGCAGAGGCGCAGGAGCAGGUCGACGGGCGACGCCGACCUCGCCGAGACGACCUCGUCGGUUGGCGCGCAGCACACGAUGCCCGAGCUCGGCUUCGAGCAGCAGCGCGGCGGCGAGGGCGGCGCGUUCGGCUCGAGCGUCCUCGAGUCGCUCGACGACAUCUACAACUCGCGCAACCGCACGUACCGCGUCCGCGAGUCGAAGCACCUUGUCGUCGUGAGCGACAUUGCCGGCCACACGGCGGGCGACGUCGACCCGGGCAAGGCGUGGAGGAAGAAGCGCCCCUCGAACGUGCACGAGAUCAACCGCUCGAUGAGCACCAUGAGCGUCAACUCGCAGGCCGUCCGCAAGAACCGCGAGUUUGCCGGCCAGCUCUUUGUCCUCAUCCGCGAGGCGAGCUUCGAGGGCAUGCCGCUGCCGCGCACCAAGGCGAUGGUCACGGCGACGCUCGACAACGGCCGUCAGCGGGUCGACGUCGCCGUGCGCGAGCUCGGCAACAAGGUCUCGCUGCGCAAGGAGUUCGAGCUCGCCUGCAACCAGGACCUCGCCUUCUCGAUCGACUUCUCCGUCCCUCGCCAGACGCCCGUCUCGACGCCUGUCCUCCCUUCCACGCCCUCGGUCCCUGCACCGACCCCACCUGCAUCGCCGAGCAAAGCCCACCGCGCCUUCCGCAUCUUCUCGUCGCCCAAGAAGAAGGCGGCCCAAGCGCCGGCUCGCCCGACCUCGACGCUCGCCGCCGCUCCGCCCCCGACGCCCGACCCGUUCUACGACUACGUGUCGUCCAACGGCCAGCUCGCGACGGCGCACGUCACGUUCGCGACCGAGGCGGCCGCCUGCCGGCUCAAGAAGACUCGCGUCGUCCUGCCGUUUGGCGCCAAGACGGUCGGCUCGCCCCGCUCGUGCAGCGGGUCGCUCGAGAUCGACCUCCUGUUCGUCCCCGCCGUGCAGGGCGUGCCCAAGGCCCACUUGCCCAAGUCGAUGGACGAGGUCCUGGACGGCCUCGAGCGCGCCGACUUUGCGACUAAGGUCGUGCACGAGAGCGUCCUGACGCAGCUCGGCGGCGACACGACGGUCUGGCGGCGCCGCGUCGUCAAGCUGCGAGGGAGCACGCUCGUCCCGUACAACGAGGUGACCAAGCGCUCGCACGUCGAGAUCAACCUCGCCCAGGUCGUCGCCGUCGAGGACCUCAACGCGCCGAGCAGCACGUCACGCGCCGCCGCUCGCGACGACGACGACGACGACGAGUCGGUGACGCGCAUGGACCACUCGUUCCGCCUCGUGUUCGAGGACGGCAACCGCAUCGACUACUUUGCCGACUCGCACGCGAUCAAGACCAAGUGGCUCGAGGUUCUUGCCGCCGUCGUCGGCCAGGACGGCGACAAGAAGACGGCGCCGGAUUGGGCCGUCGCCGUGCGCAAGCUGCCGCCGCCCAAGGCGCUCGCGCUCAAGGCCGCCGCCUAGCCUCGUCUUCCCCUGUCAAUCAUGUCCCUGUACAGCACCGCUCUCCCGCAUACCCCCCUCGUCUUCGUCCUUUCCUUCAGCGCCGACCCUGCUUGUCGAGCAGCGACCUGAACCUCUCUCUCCCUCCCUCCUUCGUCCUUGCACCACUUAUCUACCACCGUACCUUUUUGCCUCGUUGUUCUUCUCCUCUUGCAAUCCACGGACCCGAUCAGCUCGA